GUAUACCUGCCCAUUUGUGGAGAAAUUCUCCAUCGAUAUCGAAACCUAUUAUAUACCUGACUCAGGAGAGCAAGCCAACGUGUUCAACCUUUCCCCCGCGGAGAAGAGACACACUGUUCUGGAUCCUAUCGAUAUUGUGAAGGAUCCCGUCCCACCCCACGAAUACAAAUCGGAGGAGGACCCCAGGGUCUUCAAAUCAGCCAAAACAUCCAGGGGUCCUCUGGCAGAAGACUGGAUCCAGGAGCACAAAGACAAUCCCGGCGGGUGUCCCAUCAUGUGUGCCUAUAAACUCUGCAAAGUGGAGUUCCGUUACUGGGGGAUGCAGUCGAAAAUCGAGCGCUUCAUCCACGACGUUGAGGGUAUCUCUGAGAACGAAGAGGUCUUCCCGAAGGAGAUUACAAAAUGGAGUUCCAACGAUCUCAUGGAUAAGAUUGAAACGGCAGAAGCGGAUGAAGUCCCAGAUGACCCAAAUCUUGAAUCAGCUGUGGGAUACCAUGUCGGAUGCAGCGUGGAAAGACUCAGCAUUAUUGAGGUAUAA